CCCUCCAAAAGUAGAUCAAAGUUGAAAGAAUAGUUGUCAUGCGCUCCAUUAAUUCUUCCCCCCACUCCCGCUCCUCCUCCCACCCAACAACCGUAUAUCAGGAUUUCAGAGUCUCCCAUUAACAGAGAGGCAAAAGUAACCGUCCCUAUAAAUUCUUGCAGUUUGGUAAAACAACUUCUCAUACUUUUCUCUGAAUAUUCUUCUUUCUUGAACCCUCUUUUAUAUGAUUUCUUGAAUUCUUAUACGCUUAUCCUUGCCCAAAAACCUCUUAAACUAAAACCCAUAAAGGAAAAGGAUCACAAGAUGCUCGUACCCAUCUUAAAGAUGCUGUUUUGGGGACAAAUUAUCUGUAAAAUCAGAUAUAAAAAAACCCCAUGGAUCCCUUGCUCUUCUUUAUAAAAUCUUAAAGUGAUGUCCAGUUGGUUACAUGAUGAAAUAGCGCAAAAAUUGAAUUAAAUUGAAUCCACGCCGCCUUUUGGAGUGAUUUAAUUGAAAAAUCAAGGAUCGUCAUCAUGCCGCUUCCGUGGAACAAGGUGAAGAGCACAAGAAUUUCCCAGCUGGUGAAUGGUCACUUGCAGAACUCUCAAAGAAAACGUGGGGACUCUUCUCUUAUGGUGGAGACUGGGUUCCCCACUUCCCUCGUGGAUCUUUUCAUCAAGAAUCGAGAAAAACUGAAAAAACCAUCGAAGAAAAAGAGGGAAAAAUCAUCUUCUAUGAAGUUUGAUGAUGCAGCGACUUCCCGAUACUCGCCAUCUCCUAUGCCUGCGCUUUCUCCUUAUCCCUCGCAUACUUCGCCUUCUCCUGAUCCCACUCCUUUGGCUUCACCUCUGCAUAGUCCAUCGCUUUUGGCUUUGACUCCAGAGUCAACGGGUGAGAAUGGUGGGGAAGAUGUGAGAAUUGGUCUUCAGAAGGGUGUGGAUGCUAACGUGAUUUUCCUGGCAGUUGUGAAAAUGUUUCUUGUUGUGGUUUUGGCAUUCGGGUCCAAGAAAUUCGCUUUUGGGUUCACUGCGUCGGCGUUCUUGUUGUUUUUCGUCGAUUAUGUGUUGAAACACUUGAUUGGAUUGUUGAAGCCGUCUUUAGAAGCGCAGAAGGGGUUAAGAUUGAGGGUUCUAAAGGUUUGGAGAAUUUUUAGUUUCGAAGAGGACAAGUUUGUUUGUAAGAAAGCUGGUGUUCUGAAGUCGGAGAUACAACAAGUGGAGUGUUUUACCCCGGUUUAUUCUGGUUUGAAGGAUUGUGAAUCAAGUUUUCGAACUCAAGAAAUUCAAUUUGUUGGAGAAAAGUGUUAUUUGCCCCGUAUCAAGGAAAUUCUGCUUGAUGAGAUAAUGGAAGAGUCUAGCUAUGAUGGGGAUAUCGGAUAUGUAGGAUUGGAGACACAAGAGCCAGUGACUGAAUUGUCAGAACCGGAAAGAAAGAAGUCCAGGAGGUCUAAGAUAAAAUCGAAAAUAAAGAAAUUAAUACCAAAGAAUUUUCGAAGUUCGAGGAGAAAGGAACAUUCUGAAAGUAGUGAAAUUAGUCCAAUCAAGGAACAUAAGAAACACUCAGAAAGUACUGAUAUUAGUCCAAUCAAGGAAAUUAACAUUCCUGUACUUGAAGAACAAGAAGCACAGGAAUACGAGGAUGUAAGAGCAUUAGAAAGUCAUAGCAAGAUGUCUUCUUUAUCGAGUGAAAGGUAUGACAGGGAAGAUUUUGUUGCUGCCAGUUAUUGUAGAAGUGAUUUGUCGAAAGGUAAAGAGGCGAGUCUAAACGGGCAACAGGAGAGAACAAAGGAAGGACAGAUUUGGAUAUAUUUUGUGCUCUGUUUGUUUGUUCUUAUUGGGCUUAUUGGAGGUCGGAUAUUCGCCCUUUUCCUUACAUUGUUCUGGUGCUUGCUUCUGAAAUCAGGCGAAACACUACCAAGAUACAUAAAGGUUCCUAGAAUCUGGUCCUCUGCUAAAAUAUCUAAAUAGAUUUUGGAUGUUCUUGUUCAUAAGGGCUUUUUUUGCUGUUUGUUCUGUGUUGUUUCCUCUCUUGUGAAAUGGCCAUUAAACUUCAGUGUGUUCUAAAAAGCUUUACAUAUGUAGAAUGUUCUAUCGUUGAUUGGCCACUUCGAGGUGUGUACCUUGGACUGCUGUAAAUGUAUAGAUACAAAUCAUAAGUUAUGAUACAUGUUGGAUAUUAAAAACUUUUCUUUACGUGCUUA